UUAUAAAAGCUGAUGUCUUGAGAGACCCAGUUCAGAAGAGAUCCAGAGCUGAAUGCAAACCAUCCAACGGGCACCAUGGAAGAUAAAAGGCGUAAGCAGAACAUAUCCCGCUCCAGAAGAGCUCAGCUGCAGUUUUCUGUGAGCCUCGUUGACCACUUCCUCCGAGAAGGAAACUUCUCUCAGCAUCUGAGCGCUUCCCCAUCCGGGUUCCUCGCCGGUGUACUCGAGUCCCUGACAUCGAAUAUCCUUGACCUGACCAGCAAGGAAGCCCACAGCAGUGGCAAGAAGCUUAUAGGCUCAGAGCACGUGUCCCAGGCAUUACAGAACAACGAAGAGCUCCAUCAAUUCCUCAAAGAUGACAACCAAUCUAUGGUUGAGAAGACACCAGAACCCGAUAAGAACUGAUAAUACUUGGGUCUCAGAGGCUGCAGGUUCCCCCCUUAAGCCUCAAAUCGCCCCAAUGUCCCCCUAGCUGGGGGGGGGAAUUAGACAUGUUAUUAAAAGUGUCUAAACCGUUA